GGUUCUUCACUCAGUCGUCGUGCAGAUCACCCCGGGGGCGGACCUACGCAUCCUAUAUUGUACUACCGGGCUGGCUGCGCUCUCCAGACAGCCUCAAAAUCCAUAGAAAAGUUAAAACCUCAGCAAAAUUAUUGUGACGAAUUCCAGCCAGACUAAAAAAAGCUGAAGUAUUAUUAUCAUUAUUACCAAAGUAUACAUUAUGGUCUUGUAGUGAAUGUUACUGAUUGAAGAUAGAUAGAACGAAGGCAAAAUGUGAAGGACUUGGAAAAAAAAAAAAAAGACUAAAAAGAACAGUUCUCAAACCAGAUGACGCCAAAUGUGUGAUGUGAUCCUUGAAUCGCUGACACCUUGAGGAGACGAGAGGAAAAAAAACACAGAACAUCACACACCCAGUUAUCGUGAAGCUUGUGAGUGGUGUUCUCUCAGGGUGAAGUGUGAGAAACAAGAACUCAUAGAACACGUCAAGGGCACAGCGACGCCCUUCUACUGGAGUAUGAAGAGCCAGGAGCAGCAAGGAAGUGUUCUGACGGAGGAUGGGUGAAGUGAUAUAGUGUGAGAGGUGCCGAGGCUGUGGUUGUCUUGUCAUCAUGGAUACUGGGGCGCUUGUCCUACUCCUGCUACUGCUACGUCUUGUCGGUGCCGCUUCCUCUGCAGAAGGGCCCCCCGUCCUGCGGGAACAUCCGAGCAGCGUGGUGGUGCCCCGCAAUGGCCCUGCCACUCUCAACUGUGCUGCCUCAGAUGGGGCUCGUAUCAGGUGGUUCCGUGACGGGGAAGAGGUGACCACCUCGAGGCAGGAUCCCCGUGCCCACCGUGCAAUACUGCCCUCAGGCUCACUCUUCUUCCUCCGCGUCACCUCCACCAGGAAAGAAACGGACGCAGGUACCUACUGGUGCACUGCAGCCAACAGGUAUGGUGCCACGCGUUCCCGCAAUGCCACCCUUACCGUGGCCACGCUGGCCACUGACUUCCAGAGUGUGGCGGAGCCUGAGAUGAAGGCCCGCGUGGGAGAUACAGUCAGCUUGCCCUGCCGACCACCGAGGGGCAUCCCACGCCCUGAAGUCACCUGGCUGAGGGACGGUCGUCAGGUGAGCGACUCCCGCCGUGUCAUCGUCACGGAGGAGGGUGACCUGGUCAUCAGCCAAGCUGUGGAGAAAGACUCGGCUGUCUAUGUGUGUCGCGCUCGAAAUGCUGCGGGAUCCCGCCAGUCUACACCCACGGUGCUCUCCAUUAUGACGCCACCCUGGUUCAAGGAACGCCCUACCAACGUGACAGCAACAUCUGGCGUGGUGGUGGAGCUGGCGUGCAGGGUGCAGGGCUCUCCCUUGCCCGUAAUAACCUGGCGGAGGCUGGACGGGAAGAUGCCAAUAGAACGCGCCACACUGGAGGAACAACGCCUGUUGCUCCAGGAGGUGGCGGUCACAGACUCAGGCGUGUACGUGUGUGAGGCGGAGAGUGAGGCGGGUAGGGUCUCUGCCAAGGUCACACUCACUGUGGUUGAUGCUCCUGAGCUGACGCAGCGGCCGCAGCACCUUCAAGUCAUGGCCGGCGAGGACGCAAGAAUUUCUUGCCGCGUUGAAGGAGAGCCACACCCGAUGGUGGUGUGGCGCCUCCCUACGCUGGACAAGGCCGCUCUCCUUGUUCCAGGCCAGAGCAGCGGCCGAGCCUCCGUCACCAAGGACGGACACACCCUCCAGCUGCGACAGGCGGCCACCGAGGACAGCGGCACCUACUACUGCUGGGGCGUAAGCAGCGGCGGCGGCGUGAGCGGUUGGGCUGAAAUGGUCGUGGUGUUGGCCUUGCCUCCGCCCGUGGUAGGUGUGGGUCCUCAAGACCAGAAGGUGGCUCCUGGGGGCACUGUCACCUUCCGCUGUGAGGUGGUGAGCGAGGCGGCCGAGGCCCGGGUCACCUGGCACUACCGGGCCGACACACACUUACCAGUAAACACAAUCUCACAGGGUGCUGACCCUCGCUUCUCCCUGCCUGACAACGGCGCCCUCAUCAUCAAGGACGUACGUCCGGACGACGCCGGCGUUUACUCCUGCCACGUGGAGGCGUUGACGGGCAGCGCGGAGCAGAGUGCAGCGCUGCGUGUGUCUGAGGAUGCAGGGGACAGCGAGCCCCUACCGCUGCUGCCGGCGCCACCCACCAAGCCUCGGGUGGUGGAUGUGAACCAGACGGCGGUGCAGCUGAGCUGGCUGCCUAACUCACAGGAGGGCGGGGAGUGGGCGCAGUGGUACUCAGUGGAGUACUGGCGCCGUGGCUGGCCGGAGUGGCGCGUGGCCGACGCUGUCACCACGCAGGAAUCGUGUGUAGUGGAUCAGCUCGUCCCCGGGCACACCUACACCUUCCUGGUGCGCGCCGUGAGCAGCCGCGGCGCCUCCUUCCCAAGUCCGUGGUCAGAGCCCGUCACCGCCAGGCCGCGCCGCGAAUCAGGGCUUGAUGCAGAACAGCUGCGACAGGCGCGCCGCCGCCUCUCCCGACCUGUGGUCGCUCUCAGCAGGGCGUCUGCCACCGCUCCCGAUAGUGUGCUGCUCAACUGGGAGUUCCUGUCAACGGCGGAUGGCGCAGUGGAGGGCGUGUUGGUGUACUCUGUGAGGGAGGGCGGUGGCGUGCAGGUGGCCACCGUGCUGGGUGCCUCCUCCUCCUCACACGUGGUGCACGACCUGCAGCCCUUCACGCCCUACACCUUCUUCGUGGUGCCCUUCUGGCGCAGCGUUGAGGGCACCCCCUCUAACUCCUACUCGCUCACCACUCCCGAGGACGUGCCGCUGGAGGCGCCCAGCAACGUACGCGUGGCGCGGCGACAGGAAGGCUCGGUCCUCAUCCAGUGGAAGGGUGUGGAGGGUGCGGCGGUUCGCGGGCAGCUGCACGGGUAUCGCGUGACACUGAGCCACAACGGUAGCCAAAGCACGCAGACGGUGGCAUCGCCCUGGUUGGAGGCGACUGGACUCCUGGCGGGACGCCUCUACACCGUGAAGGUGGCGGCUCUCAACGGGGCGGGGCUGGGGCCCUUCAGUGACCCCGUGCUGCUCGAUACCCGCAGCACCGACGAGGCCCUGGCGGCGGAGGAUGGCGCGGGCUCUGUGUUGUACGCGCCUCCCCAGCCUGCUUGGUUGGCUUAUUUACUGGUGCCGCUGGUGCUGGUGCUGUUUUUGGUCACGUUGUGGUAUGUGAGAAGACUGCGGCAUAAGGCACCGCCCUCUAACCCGCCCCACGCUCCUUCUCUGUAUGAGGACCCGUCCCUCUGCCCUGACCACCAUUCCCUUAAUCUUUACAGUGAACACAAACUAUGGCGACCGACGGAAAACGAAAAGAACGCCAGUUUAUCUUCCAAAAGGCUUCUGCGACCAGAUCAUCUUGCUAAUGAGUACGCCGAACCGCGCGUGCAGCUGAUCAAUGAUGCUACGGAGCCCUAUGCCACCACGGCCCUGCUGGCGCCUCACUCACCCAUCCUAAAGCAAGGCACACCCUGGCGACACCACAGUGACGAUUCUGGAGUGCAGGUCAACUGGGCCGCUAUCUUACCUCCACCUCCCUCCUGUCCGCCUCCACUGGAUCUCGGUGAUUUCUCAUCGUGCUGCCACCAGUACAGGCCUCCAAGGCAUUAUACCUCCACUGCCCAAGAACAGUUGGACGAGGUUCAUUAUGAACAUCCUGAGCCACGGCGACCCUACAUCAGGGUGACGCUCCGUGACCGUCCCACAGACUUGGUCACUUUCAGCUCAUUGGACAGCCGCAGUUCCAUUAGAUCUUCCUUAUGCAGCUCUCACACUCCACAUCCAGCGCCGUCGCGCCACACCAACACUAGAUAGUUCCAUUUACGCCACGCUACCAUACCCUCCACAGUGUUUGAAAGGCAACAAGGACCUGCGGGUAAAGGAGAAGAUGGUGGUAAGCGUCUCUGCAGGGCAUAGAAGCCUGGGGCCUCCCACCUCGUACCUCCGACAGCAACCAGUGUUCUGGGGCGGGACUGCCUCCACCCCGCUGUGAGGCACCAAUCAGGCUGUUGUUGAUGCUACUAGUCAUUAUGAGUGUGUAUAUAUGUAGAUAGCGAUAUUAUUUUUUAUCAAAAAUAUUUUUCAUAACAAACCAA